AAAUUUGAUUGCAGAAAUCCCAUGAGCUUCAGACUUGAGUUGAAAACAUUAGCAGAGGAUUUUGUCUCUUACCAAGGACACACAGAGACUCCAGAUGGCGUCACUUUUGGUGUUGCUGAAGCAGCCGAACUGCAUCUACAUAUGUGCGUUUCUGUGGCUGGCGUAUCUUGCUGUGGGAAAUGCAGAGGGAAUGUUGGAACCUGAAGCCGAUGAAAUUGGGAUUUUACCUGAAGAAACCAUAAGAGCAGCCAGAAGAAUUGUGAAGACUCGAGCUCUGCCAUCAGACACCAUAAAAGUGGCAGCCCUAGGAAGACCUCUGUUUCCUGGUACGCUGUACGACAGCCGCAAGGAUUCCUUCCUUCCAGGUGUUACUCUGUGGGAUAGGAAAUCACUGAGUGAAGAUCUGGACAGUCGUCCAAAGCCUCAGACCUAUACAGACUUCAGUAGCUCUGACUCUUUAUCAAGCAAACUCAAUCUCCUGGAUGUAAGCGCUUCUCUGAAGACCAGUUUCUUGGGGGGUCUCGUGGAGGUGGGAGGAUCUGCCAAAUACCUGCAUGACACCAAAUCUUUAAACCAUCAGUCCAGAAUCACAGUGUAUUACAGUGUAACCACAAGAUAUGAAUGGCUCACUAUGAGUCAUUUGCGCAAGAUCACCUACCCUGAGGUGUUUGACCAGAAAUCUGCAACUCAUGUGGUCAUGGGGGUGCUCUAUGGAGCUCAGGCAUUCAUGGUGUUUGAUAGGACAUUGUCAGAAGCAGAAGACAAGCAGAGGAUUGAGGGAGAACUGAAUGCCAUGGUUGAAAAGAUCCGUAAAUUUUCCGCUGAGGGAAAUGCAGCUUUACAAAUGACCUAUGCUGAAAAAAAAAUUGCUGAGAAGAUCACCUGCACAUUUCACGGUGAUUUCCACCUUCAGCAGAACCCCACCACGUACAUGGAGGCCCUGAAUGUGUACAAGCAGCUGCCGGCUCUGCUGAAGGACAAUCCACAGAAUGAAGUCCCAAUAAAAGUCUGGCUUUAUCCUCUUCAUCUUCUGAAUGCAACAGCAGCUCGGGUGGAGAGAGAAAUCAGCCCAAGCGUGGCUUUCGCAAUUAAAGAUAUAAUGGAGAAGCUGGGAGAGGCAGAGACGACAUACAAUGACCUGUCAGGAAACAUGCUGGUUAAUAGUUUCAAAGACAUUAAAGAGAGGCUGCAGUCUUUUCACAGCUCAUUCAGCAUUUACAAGAAAAUGCUGCUGGAAGCUGUCCGCAGGGUCUUGCCUGCUGUUCGAGGAGGAGAGAAGGAGGAGAAGUCUCUGGAAGACAUCCUGAAGAUCCACAGGAGCUCCCCAUUCAAUGCUGACAUGCUGAACCAGUGGAUAAAUGAUGCAAAGGCUGAAAUCGACAUGUUGAGUUCUCUCACCAAGCCACUAGAAGGGGUCCAAAUUGUAGACUCUGGGCGUCUCAACAACAUCUUUGCUAAUCCUGAUUUUCCUGUAGUGGUUUGCUUGACCUUCACAUCUCUGAAGUAUGAAGACCUGUAUCUUUCAGCCUUAAAGGCUUUUCUUAAAACCGAUAGGUUUAAAGAGCUAAAUGGGCAACAAACAAUGGUUUCUGUGGCAUCUGUCAAAAAGUGGUUUAAAGAUUCUGAAUUAAUGGAAAAGAUGACAUUUUACACCAGUCAUUUAAAUAUGCUCUUAAAGCCAGCUGAGGGAAAAGUCCGCUUCAUUAUUUCUGCCAUCUCUGAUCCCUUCAAUCCAGGCUCCUCCAUCUAUCUGUAUGAACAUGGGAAACUAAGUCACAAACAGUAUGGACAGGAUAUGUUCAGUGCACUAAAAGGAUUGAGGAAUUGAACCAGGAUACACUGUUCUGAUCCAAUAAAGUAAUUUAUACACAGCUAUUAAAAUUCAAUCUUUUAGCCCCUCAGUUUCCUCAGUAAAGUGAGGCAUUAGUGAGUCAUUUAAAAAAAUAUUGUCUGAAUGCUUGUCAAAGGUGAACUCAGAGUCAGUCUCUGUACCAAAAUCCCACUUGCUUAACUUCCUUUGAAGAAACAAAGGCUUAAAAGGUGUGUGUGCAUUGACAGCAUUUUGGCUUUGCUAAUUUUGCUAAUAUUAAGCCACAAGGCACUGUCUUCUAUCCAGGGGUGUUUCCCAAAAUAAUCAUUAGCCAUCUACGGUUGCAAGUCCCACUGAACUGUAUUGGUAAUGAUGGAAAUUGAGAGCAUAGUUGGCUUUGGGAAAGGCAGGCCAGGCUGAGAGAAAAUGAACAUAGUUAAACUAAUGUCCAGGGUUUAAUUGUCAUGCUCACGUCCCACCAGUCCCAUGUCAUCUGCAAUAAGUAAAAGAAUAAUAAAAAAAAAUAAAA